AGCUGACAGAACGUGUUCACAAUCAUUAUUACUUAGCGACUAAAAUACUUGCACCUUUCCUCCAUCUACAUCAUCAUCCUGAAACCCUACUAUAUCUGCAUUAUGGCUUCAAUUGCUAAAGAGAUUGCCCUAAUCACUGGCGCGAACAGCGGCAUCGGCUUUGAAAUUGCACAUCAACUUCUCCAGAGAGGCAACUAUCAUGUCCUUCUCGGCUCCCGAAACUCCAACAAAGGCGCCGCAGCACUACAGGACCUACAAUCACGCAAUCUCCCCGGUAGCAUCGAGCUAAUGCACCUUGACGUGCGAAGUGAUGAGCAUAUCAGCCAGACCGCUACGCUGAUCAAAGAAAAACACGGCAAACUCGACAUUUUGUUCAACAAUGCUGCCGUUGCAAUUCCAGAAGGGGCAACCGAGCGCGAACGCCUUGCUGCUGCAUUCGACAUCAAUGCCACGGGUCCGUGGCUCCUUACCAAAUCUGUCAUGCCUUUGCUGAAAAAGAGCGAGAACCCGAGGAUCAUCAACAUCUCUUCCGGCGCUGGAAGUAUAGGUCGCAGACUCUUCUCAGAAAGCCCGAUGUACAAAAUCCAAGGCGCUCCGUAUCGUGCGAGUAAAGUCGCUUUUAACAUGCUGACUGCAUGCCUACAUGUUGAAUUUGGACUCGGUGUUAAGCAGAUUGAUAUGACGGGAACGGAGCCAAGUCAGGGAGAAGAGGGGACUGAGGACGAAGAAAAGAGGAACAUGACGGUGUUUUGCUACGACCCAGGCUUUACGGUGUCCAAUCUAGGGCCACACAAUAAACCGGAGUUUGGCGCGAGAAGUGCGGAGAAGACAGUAAAUAGCAUCAUGGAGCUUGUGGACGGGAAGCGGGAUGAAGAGGUGGGCAAGUUUAUCCACAACACCGGUGAGUAUCCAUGGUAG